AUCAACCCUGUAACGUGAUCCUGGCCCAUAACCAGGGGACUGGCAGAGACUCUGGAAACCUGUUCACCGGCCUCUCCAGACAAUUCCUCUCAGACCCAGGGACCCCGGGCCCGAGGACCCCAGGCCAAUGGGGGCUCAGCUCUGCUCCCAGGCUGAUGCCAAGGUGCCCCCCGAGACCCUUCGCUUCCACCCUGAGGCCAAGGGCGCGCAGGUGCAUCUGGACACGCAGCGGAGCACUGCAUGCCGGUGCGCCACCUUCCACGACGGCAUCGUGUUCAGCCAGCGGCCUGUGCAGCCCGGGGAGCGCGUGGCACUGCGCGUUGUGGGGCACCAGGGCGGCUGGUAUGGCGGCCUUCGCGUGGGCUUCACGCGCCUGGACCCCGCACACGUGUCCGCGCCGAGCCUGCCUCCCUUCCUGUGCCCCGACCUGGAGCAGCAGAGCCCGACGUGGGCGGCCAUGCUGCCCAACGGCUGCGCGCUGGCAGGGGACGUGGUCUGCUUCUGGGUGAACCGCCGUGGCUGGCUCUGGGCCCAGGUCAAUGCGGGCCCCCGGCUUCUGCUGCGCAAGGGUGUGCGCAUGGGCGCCCCCCUCUGGGCGGUGAUGGACGUGUACGGGACCACCAAAGCCAUCGAGUUGCUGGACCCUGCAACCAGUGCCUUGCCCACAGCUGCUCCCUGGGCCCUCUGGGAGGACACGCGGCUAUCUGAGCCUGACGCCACAGCAGGAGAGGAGUGCAUCAUCUGCCUUCACCGAGCCGCCAACACCUGCCUUGUCCCCUGCGGCCACAUGCACUUCUGUAGCUACUGCGCCUGGCGGGUCUUCGUGGAAGUGGCCAAGUGUCCCGUGUGUCGCUGGGAGAUUGAGGCGGUGGUCCCGGCACCGGGUCCUCCUGCCAUGAAGACUGGAGAAGGCCUCCCAGCGUGGGUGGCAGAUUGGGCCUAGCUCUGAGCCGGACCCUGCACAGGGAGAAGGUGCAGCCCACUCUUUUUCUGGAGAAAAGUCGGAAAGGCUGGUUGGUAAUAAGCACAGCAGAGAGCAGGAGGCCGGGCACCAUGGCUCUUCCCUUUCCCCAACAAGUUGGGGCCAGUGGCACCAGGAGAAGCCGCUCUUUCAGCCCACACUGGAACUAUCUCCCUGAUGGGGGGCCUGGCUAUAGAUAGGGGUUCAGCAGUGGCCAGCAGGCUUCUGGUCCCGCUACUUAUCUCCAUGUUCCUUUGUGUCCAGGGCUUGCCAGAACUUUUGGCGAGCCACCUGGCACAGACACCAACCUAGCAAUCCCUGUCACACACAAGUGCCAGGGUUCUUGGGCUCCAAGAGCCCACAUGUGCCAAUGAGGAGGACCUUUGUUCAGAGAUGGGUGGCCUGACCCCUGCUUUUAUAGCUGAGGAUGUCAAGGUACCUGUGUGCACCUGGGGCAGGCCUGCCCACCUGGUGGAGAGGAGCCGGACUAGACACACGAGGCAUCCAGGAGCAGUGUUUACAGUCCCGUGUGGGAGCUGGUCACUGCCACCAAAUCCUCGGUAAAGUUGAUUUGCAGUCACCCACCUUGCAGCGUGCUUGUGAGGUCCCGGUGAGAUCACACAUCUGAAGAUGACUCAGCACGAGGGACGGAGGGCAUUGUUGUCAUUGUGCUAUCUCCUUGCCGGUUUCUGAGAUAUCGAA